GCCCCGAGCCCGGCGGGCGGGCGGCCUCGCGGCUCUGUCCUCCCCGCGGCCGGGACAAAGGCGGCGCCACCAUGGCUCUCCGCGCGGUGCUCGGCCGAGGCUACCGGGGCUCUGGCGCCCAGGACCUGGAAUCCCUUGACACCUGUAUUCAGAACACACUCUCUGCUCUCUACCCACCUUUUGAGGCCACGGCAGCCACGGUGCUCUGGCAGCUGUUUAGUGUGGCCGAGAAGCUCUACGGUGGGGACGGGCUGCGCUGCCUCACGGACUUCCUCGUCCCAGCCAAGAGGGCUCUACAACACCUGCAGCAGGAAGCCUGUGCCAGGCACACAGGCCUCCUCUUCCUGCAUGAAGGCUGGCCACUGUGCGUCCACGAGAAGGUGGUGGUGCAGCUGGCGUCCCUCCGCGGAGUCAAGCUCAGGCCCGGGGACUUCUACCUGCAGAUCACAGCGGUGGGGAGGCAGUCAGCCAGACUGGUCUUGAAAUGCCUCUCCCGGCUUGGACGAGGCUCGGAGGAAGUUGCUGUACCUGAGGCCCUGUAUGGCUGCGUCUUCACGGGAGAGUUUCUGGACCUGGUGAAUGAGGAGCGGAACUGUGUCCCCUUGCAAAACUGUUUGCUGACCUCGGGCUCCGAGGUCUACCGCACCCCUUGGAGCAAUAUCACAGACCCUGUCUUUGUACCCACCACGGGAACUGGCCUGUCUAGCUGCCCCAGCCAUCCCAGGCCUCAGCAGCUGCCACCCAGCAGCACCUCGGAGACCUCAGCCCCAGAACCAGCCGUGAUAAGCUCCCCUCCUCAGGGGGGCACCCCUUCCAAACACACCGCGACCGUGCCCCACCAUGGUGGGCAUCCCGGCAGAGACCAGCACCUCCACCUUCCUUCCUCCCGAAGAGCUGAGUGUGAAAGCCCCAGGAACCUGUCCAGGAGUUCUGACAGAGGCAUCUCGGGUGUCAGCCCCUCAGAGCAGGGCCCCUGGGAGCCCCCUGAAAGCCUUGCAGGACCAGGAGGGAGGCUGGACCCCAUGGACAAGAAUGAUGGCCCCCAGGACCUCACCUUCCAUGCAGAGGGGGGCAGCCAAAGCUCCAGGAGGCAGCCACCUAGGGCGCCGUCCAGUGUGGAGGCCAGACGCUGGUUCAGGAAGUCCUACAUGGAGGCGCUGCAGAACCCCAUGCCCCUAGGAUCCAGCUGUGAGGAGUCCACUGGGGACGAGGCCUGUGGUUCCCAGAUCCAAGGCCACAGAGCCAGGGGAGCCAGGGCAGCGACCAGCCUGAUCCAGAAAGAAACAACUGGCCACCGAGGAGACCCCCAGGGGAUCCCGAGUCAAGAGAGUGUUUCUGGAGCUACAGGGAGAACCCUUCCCAGGAGGUCUCAGUCCUGGGACAAGUCCCUCAGAAGCUCCCGAGGAGACACCCAGCGGGCCUCCCACCACUCAGCCAGUGCCAGUCCUGGGGGCCUCCUGGGAGGACAAGCUGUGGGGACUAGACUCACAGGGUCCAGCCGUCCAGGCACAGCGGGGAGUCCCAGCUGCACCAGUUGCACCAGAGAGGAAGCCCCUGUUGAUGCAGAGGCCAGCCCCCUCCGGGGAAGCAGCCUCAGCAGGUAUUCAGAGCUGCCUGGAGGACUGCUGUGCCGGGAGAGAGAAGGGCGGACGCCCCACACAGGAGAGCUGCCCAGCCCAGUGCCCAGGCCAGUGCUGGAAAUCAACCAGGAACUGCUGCAGUCUGGGGUGGUCACCCUCCCAGGAACCCGAGACCGGCAGGGGAGGGCGGUGGUGCAGGUCUGCACGAGGGGCCCACUCUGGUCCAGUGAACACACAUCCAGUGCUGAGCUGACCCGCCUGCUCAAGUACCUCCACAGCAUCCCCAGGAAAGAGGUACGGGAGCGGGGCCUGGUCAUCCUGGUGGACGCACGCAAGAGACUGGCCACCCCUGCCCUCUUGCGGGCCCUGGCAGCACUGCAGAACACAUCUCCUCCCAUAAUCCAUAGUAUUUUGCUAUUGGUGGAUAAAGAAUCAGCAUUCAGGCCUGACAAGGAUGCAAUAAUUCAGUGUGAGCUCGUGGGCUCCCUGAAGGCCCUGCACAGACUCAUCGACUGCUCCCAGCUGACUGCAGACCUCGAGGGCUCCCUUCCCUACAGCCACAGUGCCUGGCUCUGCUUCCGUCAGAAGCUGGACCCUUUCACCACAAACUGCGAGGAGGCCAUUGUUUUCCUACAACACUCAGUCCGCUCCCUGAACACCCCCAGGACCCCGAGCACAGCACAGGAGGUCGCAGUGUUGAUCAGCAGGCACAAGGCAGUGAUGAAGCAUGUCCUGGAGGACGCAGUGUUGGUGGCCCUCCGGCUGGAAGGUGGCACCGUGCUGGCCCAGCUGAGAAGGGAGGGCUUUGGUGCCAGCCAAGACUGCCGAGAUGCUAUCGAGGCUGCCUCCAGGCUGUACAACCAAGUGGAUGAGGAGGUCCACAGGCUGGUCCUUGCAUCCAACAGGUGUCUGCAGGAGCUGGAGAGUCUACAGGAAGGAGGUGACCAGAUCAAAUCGUGGCUUGGAAAAGGAGGGGAGGAACUCCUCGGGCCUUUGGAGCUGCUCUCUCUGGGAAGCAUGAAGCAAAGGCAGGCGCCCCAGGACAGGCAGAUGCGGUACUGUCAGAGAGGACUGGGGCCGACGGGAGGGAGCGCUCCAGGCACAGAGGAGGUGACCCAGGACUUGAGAAGGAGUCUAAGCACCACAGCCAGCCAGGCGGAGCAGAGGGAGGGGGAGUUCUGCGAGGAGGUGAGCAGGUGGACACCGCAGUGCAGUGAGUGCCUGGAACACCUGGUUGCUGAGGAUCUGAAGCGUUGUCACCAGGAGACCACAGAGCCACCCAUGCAGAGCCUCCCCAGGGCGAGUGUGGCAGUGUCGGGCCUGGGCGGCCAGCAGGCACUGCCUCAGGGGCACACCUCGUGGCUGCAGUGCCAGCAGACCCGACUCCCCUGGCAAGAGGCCUGUGGAGAGGCAGCCCUGGGCCCUAGCACCCCGCCUGUGGUCCAGAGCCCCCCGAAUCAUGAGCUUGCCCGGGGCCUGGAGGAGCAGCCCCCUGAGCCUGCCUGGACCCUCGUCAGUGACCCUGAGGGCUGCACUGGAGAGUCGUCCCGACGGCUGCCCAGCCGCCCUGGACAGGCUACUCUGUGUGGGCAGGAGGGUGAGCACCUGGGCACAGGUGUGCAGGACCAGAACAGCAGCUCCACAGGCUCCUCUGAGCCCUUCCAGACACCAGCUUCCCAGCCCAGGAGGCACCCCCUGAAGAAAAUUAUGAGAAAAACACAAAGCUUUGAGAUUCCUCCACCUGAGAGUGACCCCAGGGACUCCCACCAGCCAGGCCACAAUGAGAUCUUUAUCAAAGGAGUGGAGGUGACCAGCAUCGCGACCUCAGAGAAGCAGCCCCUGCCAAGGCCACGUGCCGAGAGCCCCCUGGUCCCUCGGAACCGGAGUCUGUCCUCUCCCUCCAGGAUCCACCCCACUGCAGGGGACAGGCAGGGGCAAGCAGAAAGCAGCCGACUGCAGCACAUAGUGGCCGAGAUGAUCUUCACAGAGAGGGAGUACGUGAGGUCCUUAGGAUACGUCAUCGACAACUACUUUCCAGAAGUGGAGAGGACCGACCUGCCCCAGGACCUGCGAGGGAAGUGUGGUGUCAUCUUUGGGAACUGGGAGAAGCUCUACACCUUCCACCGCCAGCACUUCCUCCAGGAGCUGGAGCGCUGCAGGCACUGCCCCUUGGACGUGGGCCGCGGGUUCCUGAGACACGAAGAGCAGUUUGGCCUGUACGCACUCUAUAGCAAGAACAAGCCAAGGUCGGACGCCCUGCUCUGCACCCACGGCAACGCCUUCUUCAAGGACAAGCAGCGGGAGCUGGGGGACAGGAUGGACCUGGCCUCCUACCUGCUGAAGCCAGUGCAGCGUCUGGGCAAGUACGCACUGCUGCUCCGGGACCUGGUCAAGGAGGCCAGCCACUGCCCCACCCGCGAGCAGGAGCUGGGGGAGCUGCGGGCCGCUGAGGAUGUGGUCUGCUUCCAGCUGCGCCACGGCAACGAUCUGCUGGCCAUGGACGCCCUCCGCGGCUGCGACGUGGACCUGAGGGAGCAGGGGCGGCUGAGGUGCCAGGACGAGUUCCUCGUUUGCUGUGGGAGGAAGAAGUACCUGAGGCGUGUGUUCCUCUUCGAGGACCUCAUCCUGUUCAGCAAGACCCAGAGGGCGGCUGGAGGCGGGGCUGUGUACCUGUACACGCAGUCCUUCAAGACGGCGGAGAUUGGGAUGACAGAGAACAUCGGGGACAGCGGCUUGAGGUUUGAGAUCUGGUUCCGCAGGCGGCGGAAACCCCAGGACACCUACGUCCUCCAGGCGAGCUCCGCAGAGGUCAAGACCGCCUGGACGGAUGUCAUAAGGAGGAUCCUGUGGCGGCAGGCGCUGCGGAACAGAGAACUCAGGAUGCAGGAGAUGGUGUCCAUGGGGCUCGGCAGCAAGCCGUUCGUGGACAUCAUGCCCAGCGACGCAGCCAUAAGCCACCGGGCCAUCGAUUGUACCACAAAGGGAGCAGAGGGACCAACCCCGGCAUGCAUAGCUGUGCCCUCCUUCAAGAGACCGCACUCCACCAUCUCGGACAGCAGCACCUCCUCCUCCAGCAGCCAGUCCUCCUCUGCCCUGGGGUUUCUGCACCUGCAGGCAUCUGCCAGCACAAACCGUGCAAGCCUGCUGAGCCCUGCCUACUGCCCUUGGCCACAGGACAUCCACGAGGAGGACGAGCCGGAGCAGGGUUCCGGGAGCCCACCUUCCCUGCAGACUGAGAGCUUUGAGCCUUCACACUGCACGUCGGGGGACGGCGGCCCUGGCCUCCACCGGCCGUCUCAGCGCCCCACAGAGCUGUUCUCUGAUGAGGAUGCUCACCUGGCCCUUCCCAGGAGGGGCUCACAGCCGCAGCACGACGGGGGCCAGUUCAUCACCACGAACAAAACCCCUCAUGGGCUGCUCCCCAACCCCUGACUCACUUCCCCUGGAGUCUCGCUGCCUAAACACUCUGGAGCCAGCGUAGCCGCAAGAGGCAGCACGGGUGAGUUCUGACAGCUUAGGCAUUUCUCCAACAGCAAGGGGUCAGGCCCCUGGCCCCUGGUGUGGUCCACAGAGGCCCAGUGAGGGGGCCAGCAGAGCCCACCUCCACCCACCCCAGCCUCCAGGGGUGGCUCCUUGGGCCCUCAGCACCUCUCCCUCUGAAAAUAGGGGUCUCCCUGACACCCAUUCACAUCUGCCUGCCCCCCACAGCCCCAGUCCACCUGUCCCCACAGCCCCUCCUCCUCCCACAGCCGGCUGCACUGAGGGCCUUCAGCUGCACACAUAGGUCCGGAGCUAAUCACAGGUCUACCAGUAACUAAAAUAGACUGUUUCCCACAAGCCACAUAUAAAGUCGUCUACGUGCUUCUGUUCACACAAUCUGCUGCUCGUGACACGUGGACAGACACACACAUGUUCUGGGGUCAGAGCAGCAAACACUGAACUGACACCUUUCAGGGCCAGAUCCUUUCCCCUUGAAGUCAGAUGCCCGGUGAUGCUGGCUGGCUGGCUGCUACAGCCCCGCCGCUCACUCCAUUGCCCAGACCUGCGAGUGUCAGCCUUGCAGAGAGUGUGUCUGGGUCUGGAGCCCUGUCCCGUCCUUGCCUGGCCCCAGCUGCUUCUUCAAAAGGAUGCGUGUCCCCGAGUCUGAGCACACCUCAGGGCAGGAGGUCAGGGGGCCAGGUGGGAGGAGGGGACUUUGGUAACAGUGGUCCUUCUUUUGGCAGCUGUGAUGGGUCUGGAUGAGAAACAGCCCCUCCAGGGAGAACCCCUUGCAGAGCAAAGGAACCUCAACCUGCACAUGUGCAUGAGGUCACAAGGUCUGGGAAUGAGACACUAAAGCUGGGGCUCCUGACCACCCCCUUCUGCCAGUCAUGGGGCCACCGGUCAGCAUGCCCCCUGAGGCCUGGGCAUCAUGUUAUGGGCCUCCCCCAUCCUGCCUGCACAGAUGCCCCAGGAUGCCCUGAAUACUCGUAAGCAGCGGGAGGCCAGGGCAGGAGCACAGGGACCCCCACAUCCAGAGCAGAGGCCCACAGUGGAGGGGGUGCGUCUCAGAGGAGGGGGUGCGUCUCAGAGCAGGGGGCCUCUGGAACCAUGUUUCCCCUGCCCUCCAGGCAGCUCAGGCCAUGGGCGAUGGUCCUCAGGUGCAGCCCCUACGAGGUGUGUCCCAGACGCAGGGGCCGCUUUCCUGAGUGUAAUUGGAAUCUCGGUCUUGUUUCCUUUUUAGCAAGCUGUGUGUGGCUAGUGGCACUAGAGUUAGGCUCCACCUGUGAGUCUGGGAUGAGGCCACACCCUGCAUCCCAGGUGGACCCCAAGCUGGGGCCGGGGCACAGCAGCUGGACCUGAAGCUCUGACCUAGCCUGUGCUAGGAAGUCCUGUCGGUGUGGGUGGUGCCCCAAGAGGACCCCUCACCACACAGAGGAGAGUCUGGGUAGACAAAGCCCUUCAGUGGCUUCCUGCCACAGGUGUACCCCAGAUCCCACCCUGGGGCAGUGGCGUCGCCCAACGUCAGCCACCCAGCACAGGAGCAGGUGGAUGGGCAGGGUCCUCACCUUCAGGAUUUGCCGGCUCUGAAUUGUUUUCCCUGUCACCAGUCUCGGUGCUGACAGUCCCAGACUUCAGGAACAUAAAUAAACUGGACAUUGUUUUUUCUGC